CAAAGUGAAAGACGCGUGGAUGAGGACGUAACGUCGUAUCGUCGUAGCAGCGGUCUUGUCGAGUGUCUCUUGUUUGUUUGUGUGCUGUGUGAACAAAAAUACAACAAGUGCAAAUAACAAUAAUAACAACAACUACAAUUGGCCAACAGCAAAGGGGGCACAAGGGGCAACAUACCAUCAAUUACCAGAAACAACAACAAAAACAACAACAUCGACGGUCUCUAAGCAAAGAGAGAGAGAGUAGCAAGGAGCCGCAGCAGUAAACGGUAGUUGUAGUUGUUGCUCGCCACUCUGAUAGCAAUGAUUAAUGAAUAACGAAAAAAAAAAAAGACCGCGCAUCGCCACGUAAAGCCAAGUAUGACGGAGGAAAUAACCGGCAAUUGGAGCUAUUAUGUGUACAUAUCGCUAACACUGGUUCCAGUCUAUUUGGCAUUUCGGCUCAUUAAGUCACUGGGCUGGCAGCUCUUCGUCAACAACUGAG